AUGGCCUUCAGACGAGAUAGAUACCUCACUAACGAAGAAAUAGAAGAAAGAAUAAACAGUGACGCAUUCUAUAAUGCGGUGUCAGAUGAUCAGGACCAUACUGAUAUCACUGUAUGUUCUCUUGAAGUAGGCUGUAUGACCGAUGAAGAAGGUCCAGAUGAUGUUACUGGAACCGUGGAAGUCUCAGAUGUGCCAGGGGCUAUUGAAUUACAUUAUGUUGCAUCAGAGAAUAACAAAGAAACUACACCUCCAGUUUAUACAAAGUUGUCUCAAACUAGUGAUCAUGACAUCAGCACAAAGAGAGAGGAACUGAAGGAACAACUUUCUACCUUGACUCUGAAGGAGAUGUUUGAAGAACUGAUGAACGAAAACAUAUAUGAGUUCAUAGUGAAAGAAACUGUGAGAUAUGCAGUAAAUAUGAAGAAUAUGCAGGAUUUUAUCCUCACAGUUGAAGAAGUGAAGGUCUUUGUUGGAUUUCUUCUUUUUGCUGGCUACCAUAAGCUCCCUGCUGAGAAGCUAUACUGGUCUCAAGAUGAAGAUGUUGGCAUACCAAUUAUAAAGACAGCUAUGUCAAGGAAUAAAUAUCAGAAGUUGAAAACAUGGCUUCAUUUUCAAGAUAAUGACUUAGACAAUGAAAACAAACACAAUCACGGAUUCAAAAUUAGACCUCUCUUGAAAAUGAUAAAUGAAUCUCUUCAAAAAUUUGUACUAUCUGAGGAAAAUUUGUCAAUUGACGAAAUGAUAGACAAAUACUAUGGACGAAGUGGGCUGAAACAGUUUAUCCGAGGCAAGCCUAUUAGAUUUGGCUAUAAGUUGUGGUCUCUCUGUGGUGCAAGUGGCACUUUUUUAAAUUUGAUUUAUACUGUGGAAAGGAUCCAGAAGAUACUGCAAGGAAUGACCUACUAUUGGGAUCAAGAAUAG